AUGGAGUCAAUUGCAAAAACAACAAAAAUAGACACCAGAAUGAAAAGUCGACUCAAUUUGUACCUUAUGUUUGAUUUCAAGGUGUUUCUUUAUCGUCACGAAUUGUUGCUUAAGUUGUCAUCUUUUAUUGGCUUAUUGAAAAGUCCACACUUUCUCAAAGCACAAAAUUUGGUUAUCGCUUUGGCAGAGACGUUAAGACGAUAUCCAGGUGUUGAAAGAUCACAAACACAACAACGAGAAGAAAAUUUAAUUCCAAAGGUGCAACAACCAGAAAAGAUAGAAGAUCCAAAUGAAAAAAGACAUCUUUUGAUGAGAAGUAGUUCAACUGGUGAAUUACUUGAAAAAGAGCGUCACAAAGAAAGUUUAAGAAGAAGUUUAUCAGAACCAACGACAAGUUCACAAGCAUCAAAAAUAGCUAAAGAGUUUAAACCGAGUAAACAAAGUGGCCAAGAAAAAGAGCAAAAAGAAAAGGCAGCUCCAACAAAGUUGGAAUUGGAAAAGAAGAAAGACAUCGAGAUACCAAAAGAUUUAAUGAAAGUAAUAAAAGAAACUAUGGAGUGUUUGGAAGAGAUGAUUAAAAACCUUAAAUCGCUUAAAUCAUUCUCAUUCCAAAACCAAAACCUUUUUUCAUCACAAUUUUGGGCUUCGGCAGGUAUAAUGGAAAUGCAAAUUGACGACUUGAGACAUUUGUUGAUAAUUGUAGAGAAGAGAAAUCAUAUUAAUAAAGAAAUGAUGGAAGAUUGGAUGACUAACAUGGCCAACUACUUUAAUCUUCAAAAUUUGAAAGCUGGGUUUGGAAAUUACCUUUUUUAUGUUUCAAGAAAUGUUGAAAAUGUUAAAAAAAGAUAUUUUGGAAAUAAAGAAAUGUUGAAAAAUAUAAUGAAAGUGUUGUUGUUUAAUGAUGAUUGCAUCGAACAUCUUUUAGAACUCGUCAAUAAAAUGGCUACUUUGCUUCAAAUGAACAAAGAUGAUGCGUUUGUCAAAGGAAGACAUCAUUUAGUAGAACUUUUGAAAAGAAUUAAAGCUGAGAAAACACUCCAAAUAUCAAAAUCACCUUCUGUUAGUCAAAGCGGUGUUUUGGCAACAGGAAGUAAAAGUUCUCCAACAACAGAGAAAAAAUGA